CGGCCCCGGGAUCCCCCCGACGUCGCCUUCCCAGACCCGGCGGCCUCAGGAUCUGGGGCUGCGAGUCUGCGACGCCCGCCUUUUCCUUGCGCGCGUUUUAGGAUUGUUUCCCCCCUCCCGGCUGCACGCCUUCCGAUCUCUUCUGGAUCCCCGCCGUUUGGUGUCCAUAGCGGCGUCUGAUCCGGAGGCGAACACUGGUCCAGACGCAACCAGCAACACCUCCCAUAGUCCUGUUUAGCCUGGUGGCAUUUCUCAGCGGUUAUGCCAGGCAGCCUAAACCAUCAUGUCUCCCGGGUAAGGACUUUGUACAGGAAGAUCCUGCAGUUGCACCGAGCGUUGCCACUGGAGUUGAAGACCCUGGGAGACCAGUAUGUGAAAGAUGAGUUCAGGAGACACAGAUCUGUUGGUCCGGAAGAGGCUCAGUGCUUCCUGCGGGAAUGGGAGAACUAUGCAGCGACGCUGUCUCAGCAAACUAACCCAAAGACACAGGACUCUACAAGUCAUCCUCGUUUUGGGUCCCACCUUCCAGAAGAUAAGCUUCAUACCCUACGAGAUGAACAAGUUGGGCAGCUCCAGGAACUGAUGCAAGAAGCUACCAAACCCAAGAGACAGUUUAAUAUUUUGGAUGACACAGAUCACAAAAAUUGACGUAUUACUUUGGAUAUGCUUUUAAGUAGGGUGGUGGGGUGUUUUUGUUUUGUUUUUGGUGUCACUUUAGCUCUGUUUUGGAAGAGAUUUUCCCUCCGAAGAAUAAAUGAAACUGAUGUUCACCCUUUCUGUUUUAUUUCAGCCUCCAGGGAUACGUAUGA